AUAAAACAAAAACUAUACCGUUGCUUGUAUGCAAGUCGAUUAUUUUUGUAAUUUAUUUUAAAGUGUAGGGUUUAAUUAUAUUAUUUUUAAACGUGAUAUGUUAUAAUGGCUCGUAUUUUCAAAUAUCUAGCAACGUACAGAUUUUGUAAUGAGUGAGACAGACGAUACUGACGUUCUUCUGUUGAUACCGCCGAAUUUUUUCCUAAUUUGCAGUUCGGAAUCUGAUGAUUCUUUACUAGAAUCAUCAAGAACAGUUGUGCAUAAACCGGUUUCGCGUACUGCUCACGUAUUAGGCAAGUUGGUCGACCAAGUGCAUUCGUUGGAGUCUAGGUUAGACACCCUGGAACUAAACACUAGUACCACGUUUUCUAGUGCAAGUUCUAUAAGAAAUAAGACUUGUAACGACAGCUAUAGGAGUCUCGACCGUAAGUGUUCAACAUUUCCUCGCAGACGUCGAAGAAAAGUUCUUAAACGAGAUAAAUAUUCGGAUUUAUCUUUGACCAGCUUUGAUUGUAUGAGUUUGCAUAGAGAUAUACCUAAACUAAAGUUACCAGAUACCACACAGAGUCGUAUAUCUGAAACUAUAAAUGAUACACAAAGUAUGGAUGGCGAUAUAAGCAGUAUUAUCUCAACACCAAGUAAGACUAAUGAUAAAUUGCUUCUCCAUGAAAUAGACGAGUUUUUGACACAGGUUGAGUCAUACGAAACACCAGAAACGAGAUGUAAAGGUUCAGAGAAACUUAGUCCUGAAAGUAUUAUUCAAGCCACAGGUAGUUAUAUAACAAAACAAUUGGAAUCAAAAAACGAUGAAAAUGAAAUCCAAUUGCCCAGCGGAAGAAAGGUUACAAGUGAGAUUUUAGAUAAAUAUAUUUAUUUAGUAAAAAAUAAUGCUCUAUCCGACAGAGUAGCUAGUACAAAAAAGUCCGAGCGAGGUGAGAAUCAUUCUGCAUCACAAACUAAACAAGACAUAACUCAAUCAAAAUCUCCGAGUGUUAGAAAAUUGAAUUUCAAUGAGAAAGAUGCUCAAACUACAUCUACACCCAAAAAGUAUUCUCACACACCAAGUUAUUUGGAAAACUUUAAGCCAUCAUCAAACAAAAUAUUUGAUAAAGCGUCAAAAGUGUUAGAACACUAUAAAUCAAGUUAUUCUCAUGCUCCAUCCUUAACAGACACUAAUGAAUAUUCAGAGAAAGGAGACUUUAAAAUGCCACAAAUGAGACCAUUUGUAAACAACAAGGAUAAAAUGACAGCUUUGCAAAUAGAUUCCAUAGAUACAGAUCUUUUAAGUCUAAGUGAAUUGUGGGGGGAGAAGGGGGAAAGACUUGAGAGAGCUGACAGUUUAAAAUUAGAAGAAGAAAGACUGAAACGAGAGCAUUGUGAAGUAAUGAUACAGCAAUUGCAACGAAAGAUUCUGGAACAGCAAGAGAAGCUGGCGGUCGCUAUCAGAGUGGACCGCGGCAAGGACACUGCCAUCAACAAACUGCGGGAAGCCUGGCUUCGACUCACUCACAGCCUGGACCGAGCGGAAGAGAGACACCGAGCUGCAUUAGAAAAGAUGGUCAAAGAAGUUGAUAACUUUAAAAUGGUUGCCAAUGAUGCGCAAAAGAAAACUCGACACUUUGAAGGUGAACUCUACAAAGCUCUUGAUUUAGCGCAUGAUUAUCAAGAGAAAUGUAAACAACUGACUCAAGAGAAGAAGGAACUGCAGGAUAGUACUGAUAAAAUAAUAGCGGAGAAGGAGGAGCUUUUAAGAAGUAAAGAGAAGGAAAUAGAAGUUGUGAAGGACAACUGUGAAACAAUAAUGAGACUGAACAAACAAUCUGCUGACUGUGUGAAGAAUUUAGAAGAUGCUUUAGAGAAGGAGAGAAGAGAACAUGAGCUAACAAAGAGUAGAGUAAGUGAGCUGAGUGCCAGGGUGGAGUCGCAGCAGGAGGAGGGUACCCUGGCAAGGCAGGAGAGGGAUGUGCUGAAGGAGAAGGUGAACGAGGAGAGAUCUCGGUGCAACCUGCUCGAGAGACAGCUGAGUGAAGCACAGAAUUUGAACAGUGAUCUUGUAAAGAGAUGUGUAAGUAUGGAAAAUAUUUUUUUUAGAUAUAAUUUUUUUAUACUGCAGGACUUCCAGGCGCAGCUGCAGCAGGCCCAGCACCUCAUGGAUGAAGAGGCUCGCGACAAGCAGCACGCGCUCCUCGACACAUACAACACUCAGGUCGCCAACAUUGAGGAACAACACAAGCUGGAGGUGAACAUUCUAGAAGAGAAGCAGAAGGAGGAGAUCAAGCUGUACCGGCUGCAGCUGGCGCAGGCUGCGGAGAGGAUUGGAUUCCUAGAGCCGGCAAGCCAGCACGCCGGCCAGCCAGCGGGCCAGUACACCAGUCUGCCAAACCCGCUAGCUGUCGCCAGUCAGGGCUUCUCCUCCUUAGAUAUAUCGAGACCUGAUAGUGUGUUGGCGGCAAGCAGUAACAACAAACAACAAAAACUGGCAACAGACGGACUGAGUGAUACUGAACUACAGCAGUAUGUGAACAUGCUGCUGUCGAAGCCUGUGAACUUUGGCAACAAGGAGACUGAAGGGUCGGAGCUGAAGGCGCCCAGCUCGGAGCUGCACGAGCCCCCCACCAGCGACCGCGCCGACAGGCUCGAGCGCAGAGACAAGACUAAGAAGUACAGCGCUAAACCUCCCUGGAAGUCUUAGGGCCUGUCUCUGUUAAAAUAUCGGAAUUUGUUCCCUUAUCUGACAGUGAUGUCACUUUAAGCUAUCUGAUCCUCUAUCAGCCAGUGGUGGGAUAGGAACUUAGUGAAGUGUUUUAAGUGAUAUUGUAUCCCUAUUGGAUUAUAGGGUUAGUGUUCAGUACAAGUGUUUGUGUUUGUGAGUUCAAAGAAGACACCAAGUCUGGAGAAAGUAUAAUUUGUUGUAAAAUAUGGAGUUUCCAGUAUGUGUAGUGCCGGAGUUAGGGUAAGACGCGGUUAGAUCGCCAAAAGGGCGUGAGGACAUCAAAGUUCCAGUCAAACAUAGUUUGUGGGAAUAAUACUAUUAGUUAUUUAGUUGAAAUCCUCUAUUUAAGCUUUUAAUAACAAAAAUAUAACAAAUACAAUAAAACAAGUAGCACUCCGACAGCCAUUAAAAGAACAGAGACAAAAAAAAGUAAAUGUUGCCACAAACUAAAUUUUACAUGUAAUAAGUACAAUUGCUCAAAGAAUUAUAUCAAUUUUUUUGUCAGCAAAUUAUUCCCUCUAUUAUGGACCUUGACCUCAAAGAUGUUAAUAAAGUUAUAACGAUAUAUAAAUUCUAAAUUACUGAAGUGAUUUAAAUGAUGCAUUUAACAGUUUCUCCACAGAUUAUUAUGUAUGGAAUGUAAUAUAUCCAGUGGGCAGUCAAACUAAAAUAUGAUACUGUCAAAAGACUGUCAAGAUUCUUUGAACUGUAACUGUCAAGUUUUAGGUUUUCCUACCUACCCUACUGUGACAAUAAGAGUACUAAUAUGCUUGGUUUUGUAAGGAAAUGUUUGAGAGGUAAUGAAAUUUGUUGUUGUAUGUAACAAAAUUACCUCGGUGGGGAUGUGUAGUGAGCUGGUGAUGAUGAUGUAACAAAAAUGCAUUUUAUAUAUUUUUUUGAUGUAACAAAUCCGCCCAAUGUUCAUGUCUUAUGUUUUACAUAAGCAUAGUUGAUUUUUUUAUAAGAUAUAUUUUCGUGUGAUAUCUAAUUGUUAUUAUGUAGGAUUUUUGUAAAUGAAAUAUGCUAAUGUGUCAAGUACAAUACACUGUUUUUUAUGUUUUUUUUUAUAAACUGAACCAUCUCAAUACUUUAAAUUGAUGUAAAAUGUAGAUUUUAUCCAAAAUGGGUCUAACUAUUGUAUUACUGUUUAAUAACCGUCAAAUAAUGUU